AGGCCGGCAGGCGGCACCGCGCAGGCGCGGCGGCCAUUUCCGACGCAGCGGUGAAGGUUCGGGCGCGGCCGCAGCGCCCGGUUCUUGCCCGCCGGCUGGGCCUCGGCUCCCCCCGCCCGGCCCAGCGGCUGCCUCCGGCCCGCCGCCCGGUGCCGGUUCCCGUGCCCUGUGCUCUCCUGCCGGCGCGCUGCCCUCUGCCCCUGGCGCGUCCCCGGCACCAUGUCUCGAAGAUAUGACUCCAGAACUACCAUAUUUUCUCCGGAAGGUCGCCUGUACCAGGUUGAGUAUGCCAUGGAGGCCAUUGGCCAUGCAGGGACCUGCCUGGGGAUUCUGGCAAACGAUGGAGUCCUGCUGGCAGCAGAGCGGCGCAACAUUCACAAGCUUCUCGAUGAAGUGUUUUUCUCAGAGAAGAUUUACAAACUUAAUGAGGAUAUGGCGUGCAGCGUGGCAGGAAUAACUUCAGAUGCCAAUGUUCUAACAAAUGAGCUGAGACUGAUUGCACAGAGGUAUUUGUUACAGUAUCAAGAGCCCAUUCCUUGUGAACAACUAGUAACAGCACUGUGUGAUAUCAAGCAGGCUUACACACAGUUUGGAGGAAAACGUCCUUUUGGUGUUUCAUUGCUCUAUAUUGGCUGGGAUAAGCAUUAUGGAUUUCAGCUGUACCAAAGUGAUCCUAGUGGAAAUUAUGGAGGGUGGAAAGCCACAUGCAUUGGGAAUAAUAGUGCUGCAGCUGUGUCAAUGCUGAAGCAAGACUACAAAGAAGGGGAAAUGACCUUAAAGACUGCCCUGGCUUUGGCCAUUAAGGUUCUAAACAAGACCAUGGAUGUCAGCAAGCUCUCUGCUGAGAAAGUUGAAAUUGCAACACUGACAAGAGAGAACGGAAAGACAGUAAUCAGGGUUCUGAAGCAAAAGGAGGUGGAACAAUUGAUAAAACAACAUGAGGAGGAGGAAGCAAAAGCUGAACGUGAAAAGAAGGAGAAAGAACAAAAAGAGAAGGAUAAAUAGAAUAUGAAAUCAAGUGUUCUCUAGAUAAUAAAGGACCUGCUUCAGCAAAAGAUAAUCUGGAUUUUUGUGCUGUAGAAGCCUUACAGCCAUGCCAUGGAGGACCCAGAAGUACUUUUGAUGAACCAGGUCCUUAGUCAUCAUUUAGAUAAUUAGUUUACUGCUCCUUACAUCGACCAAUAAUUGCUUUAAUUCUUGAACACUCUUUCUUUCAUCUUCUAUUUUUUAUUAUGGAAUAAAAGUUAAGAAGAAUA